ACAAAUUUAUAUCUAUUUUAGGCCAUUGAACAGCUUUUCCCUUGCUUAGAUGUAUAUGUGAGAUUAGAAGUAGUUUUGAACUUUGAUACAGUUGAAAAGGAGCUGCGUGUUUUGAACGUUGAGUGCGGGAAGCAAUAAUGCAUAAUAAUUAAACAGAGAUUAGGUCAAAAAAGUUGAGGCACUAUUUUCAUAAAAUAAUCACGGAGCAAAGUAUAGGUUGGUACCCUAGUUUAUUUACUACUUACUUUACAAGUUGUGUAUAUAAUAAAAUUGAAGGUGAGAUUGAAGUGAUGUAUGUUUUACAACAUCAAUAAUAAAGUAUUAUUAUCCCUUACAUGCCUCCUGUUAUAAGGAAAUGGAAGAUGGACCUUCCAUUCUUGGUGGUGUGGGUAGCAGUACUAACGGAAGAGCAGAACAAUAUAAAGGGAGGGUCACAGUUCAUGUCAUCAUCGCUUGCAUUGUUGCUGCUACUGGCGGGUCCCUCUUCGGCUAUGACGUUGGAAUUUCAGGAGGAGUUGCUUCCAUGGAUGACUUUCUUCAGAUAUUUUUCCCCUCAGUGUACAAACAUAAAAUGCAAGCACAUGAAAACAACUACUGCAAGUAUAACAAUCAGGGCAUUGCUGCAUUUACCUCUACUUUAUACAUUGCUGGUUUUGUUGCAUCUCUGGUCGCAGCUCCAGUUACAAGGAAGUUUGGACGAAGAACAAGUAUCAUAGUCGGUGGUAUCAGCUUUCUCAUUGGCUCAGCUCUGAAUGCUGCAGCUGUUAAUCUGGAAAUGCUCAUCAUAGGAAGGAUUUUGCAAGGUGUUGGCAUUGGAUUUGGAAAUCAGGCUAUCCCGCUCUAUUUGUCUGAGAUGGCGCCAACCCACCUUCGAGGAGGCCUGAACAUGAUGUUUCAAGUUGCAACCACUUUUGGGAUUUUCACAGCAAAUAUGAUCAACUAUGGUACACAACAGAUUAAACCAUGGGGUUGGAGGCUGGCCCUUGGCCUUGCUGCAAUACCAACUCUUUUGAUGACUAUAGGGGGAAUAUUUAUCCCGGAGACUCCAAAUAGCUUAGUAGAAAGAGGAUCAAAGGAACAAGGAAGGAAGCUCCUUGAAAAGAUCAGAGGAACGGAUGAUGUCGAUGCAGAGUUCCAAGAUAUGCUCGAUGCAGGUGCAUUGGCAAACUCAAUAAAACACCCCUACUGGAACAUCCUUAAAAGAAGAUAUAGGCCAGAGUUAAUCAUGGCUAUUUUCAUGCCUGCAUUCCAGAUUCUAACUGGCAUAAAUUCAAUCCUAUUCUAUGCUCCAAUGCUAUUUCAAAGCAUGGGAUUUGGCAGAGAGGCAUCUCUCUACUCGUCAGCCUUGACCGGGGUAGUUCUUUCCCUUUCAACAUUCAUUUCUAUUGCAACAGUAGAUAGAUUGGGGAGAAGACCAUUACUCAUCAGUGGUGGAAUACAAAUGAUGAUAAGUCAGGUUAUAGCUGCCAUAAUUUUGGGGGUCAAGUUUGGAGAAAACCAAGAAUUGUCAAAAGGCUAUUCAAUAUCAGUUGUAGUUGUACUUUCUCUAUUUGUUCUAGCUUUUGGAUGGUCAUGGGGCCCACUAGGCUGGACAGUCCCAAGUGAGAUAUUUCCAUUAGAAAUUCGAUCAGCAGGGCAGAGUAUCACAGUUGCAGCAAACCUUCUAUUCACUUUCAUAAUCGCGCAGGCUUUCCUUUCCCUUCUCUGUACGUUCACGUAUGGGAUCUUCCUGUUUUUUGCUGGCUGGAUAGCCAUCAUGACCAUAUUUGUUUAUUUGUUCCUACCUGAAACCAAGGGAAUACCCAUUGAGGAGAUGUCAUUGAUUUGGAGGAAACACUGGUUUUGGAAAAGGAUACUGUCAGUGCCGAGUACAACUAAUGAUACAUGGUAAGUAAAGGCCUAAAAGGGUAAAAGGUUCAACAAGUCGGAUGAUGAUGCAGUUGGACUAGCCCAUGCCUCGGAAAUUGAAUUACUUAACUUAGAUAUGUUAUCAACUGCACAUGAUGCAGUAUACACCUGAAAUUAUCAACUGCACAUGAUGCAGUAUAUACCUGAAAAUUUCAUCCAGAUCAAUAGAGUUUACCUUUCAUUUGUUGUAAUUAAGAAGUUACACAACUAUAAAGCCCCUGAAUAUUUGUUGAAAAUGAAAGUAAUACUUAAAACAGUCAUCUCAAACAUAGGAAAAUACUUGAGCCAUCCAUAAACGAAUAAAGCAAACACCCCACUUACUAUUACAAUGAGAAUCUUAUUCUUGGAUUAAUUUCACACAAACGUUUACCUGUUUCCUCUUUAGGGAGACCCAAGCAGUGUUCGAAACAGAGUCAAAAUAAUGUAUUACCUAGCACUCUUGUUCGGCAUUUAUGCACACCAAAUUGUGGACUUCAGAGGCCAAUUUAGUCUCCUAUUCUCCGAUGCUUUAAGGUGCAAAUUGGUUGUCUAGUAAUCCAAAUUCACAUGAGAUCAAAUUCAUACUUUAUAAUAGACUAUUAUGCUAUUAUCUCAGUGUCUUACCUACGAGAUCAGGUUUUGGAGACCCACGUUCUACCGAUAAAUUUAGUUUACAUACUACAAAGCUCAAAGUUCGCCAUGACUUGGAACUCACUUUGAUUCAUCGAAGAUCAAGGAAUCUCUUUUUAUUACACCUCUGAAAAAAGUGGAAAAUAAAAUAACAAUUUAACUGGGAGAUAUAACAAAACGCCAAGAUUUCAAAUUGUGAGCUUGAACAAAGAUUUCAAAUUGUGGUCAAAUUAUUUACUCUUACAGAAUCCAGUUCCCUUAACGCACAUAUCAUGAGAACCAAAGUCAAACAGAACAGGAAGAUAAAAAGAGAACCGAACUGUGAUCCAAGAAGUUGUAUCCAGAUAUAAAGAUCCAUCAUUUUUCUUCAUAUCCUGUGAGUUCCACAAUCAACGUGAAUGAAAUUUAAAUAGAGUUCCUGUUCCUCCAUUAGAUGCUAUUCAAAAUGCCUGCUGAGGAGAAAUAAAAAACUCUCAUUCCACACACAUUAAUGAUGUAGUUAUUCCAAAAUCAAUAAACUGCCAAACACAAUGAUAUCACCAUAUAAGAACAAACUACUACUCAAAUACUCAAAGUAAAAUGAAUUUAAUGACUAUUAGAUUAUACACUGUCAGUGUAUAAAUUGUUUUACACUGACAACAAAUACUAGUUGAUUAUGUAUUUCGUGUGAUGAGAUAUCAAAAUCAACCGUUUCUAUUUCCCCUUUCUCAAAUAAAAUAUUUGUGUUGAAUUAUAUGUCAAGAAAUUGGAGCCUUUAGAUGACCCUGAAAAUAAUCGAUCAGUUUGGCACGUUGCCAAUCUGUGGUUUUUAUCAAUUUUCUGGCAACAACAAAACAAGUACAAACGACAUACGCGCAACACAAACAAACCCAUGUAAUGGGACAAAGGUUUGAUAAAAAAAAUCUAAUACAUCGAUGGUAACCAGUAAGUAAACCAUCAAAUUAAGGGAAGGAAAGGGACAUAAAAUGACUUAAUCAUCAAUUUGCCUCGGCCAUACCCACCGCAUCAAUGAUCAACACUGACCCACGCUUCAAUUAAUAAUCAAUCAAGUUGAGAAUAAACUAGUUUUCAUUGAAAUAUCUGAAUUCGCAACACAGUUGUCAAAAAAGCAAUUCAGAAGAUAAAAACUGCAGUGAAUAAUCAUCAAAGAAAGGUGAAACUAAUACUGAACUUCAUUCUAUUACCAUUAAAUUUCACUACUACAUUAGCACGAAAAAGAACACAGAAUACAUCGAAAGACCUGAAAAAUACGACGAAAAACAUACUAGUACUUAAUUCUUCCAUAUGGAAAAAAAUCACACACACUACACAAAGAAAUACUCUAAAUCCAAACACUAUAGAUUCACGUAUAUCAGACUAGAGGAAAUUACAAAAGUUACAUCCCUUCGGUCAUCAACGUAUGAACUAACCACAAAACCUAACUUGAUUAUUUCUUCUAUCACGAACUGAACACUGAAACAACAAACCUUCACUUGACUUUCAACUUUCAACGCUUCUUCAUGCGUUCGCACCCUACGGCAAAAUCCUCUUGAAAAAAUAAAGGAUGCACGUUAGGGACCAUACGAACAAACAAACAAACAACCACCAAUUUUCAUCGUCUACUUCGGAAGAAAGUAAUCAAAACACCUAACAAA